AGGGGAGAAGAGUAACAUCUAAGGAAUGUAGGGGAAAAGGGACUACAUAAGGCAGGCAGGACGGACCACAAAAGAUCACAGCCCUGUAACAAAAAAAGGAUGUCGGAUGAAUCCAGCUUGCCGUUUCGGUGGCCUAAUGAACACGGCCGAAGGCAAGGACUCUUCAACACAGCCAUGGGGCCACUCCAGCGCCAGCUUCACUCGGGGGAAUACAACUUACUGAAAUUUUCCCCCAUGUUCGAGAGUGACUUUGUCCAGGUCAGCAAGAAAGGGGGUGCAGUUGAUGUGCACAACCAGGUGCAGCUGGUCAGGGUUGCUAUUGCUGCCACCAGCCCAACCCUACGAAUCCCCAAUGUGCUUCUCUUGGCCCGGCCUGUCCUCCGUUCCAGAGAGCGGCAUCUGGCAUCCCAUACCAGAACCCACCACAGUCCUCGUACAAGAUUCGAGCUCACCAGGCUUCUCCCCUUAUGCUUUGUAAAGAUCUCCAUUCAUGACUGGGAGAAACAGCAGCUCCGUUUCAAGCUGGUCAGUGGGCGCACCUUCUACUUGCAGCUAAGCCCCCAGCAGGACGUGCAGGAGGACAUCUUUGAGUCCUGGGUCAAGGUCGUGCACCUGCUGAGACCCCCCGCCAAACCCAGGCAUUUACUGCAGGAGCAGCCCACAGAACCAGAGCAGGGGCAGGAAGCUCCCCCACAGCUUGACAAUCAAUCAGAGGAGCCCUUGGGCCUUGUGGAGCAAGAGAACCCUGAAGUAGAAAAUACCUUGCAAGAACGGACUAAGGAGGAGGACCCCGUUGAGCCCUCCCAGGAUCCCUCCCAAAAUCAGCAGAACCCAGAAGUCACCAGCUCCUCCACCUCACCUCCCAGCCAAGGCGAGACAAAUGAAGCCACAAAUGAAGAAAAAUGGUCUCCGCUCGCAGAGGACCAGGAUCCUGAGGAGCAGCUCACGGAAACUUCAGAGGGAAGAAGGCAGCGGAGACCUAAGACCACACCUUUUGCAAGCAGCCGUAACCACGCCAAGCAAGUCGUCAAGAGGAAAGGAAAGAAACCUUGA